AUGCGACCACCACGAUGUCUCCUCCCCGCCGCGGAGAAGAUCCUCCUCAAUGCAGCCGCACCCGCCAGCCGACGGUGCAUGUCCUCCGCCGCAGCCCUCCAGCCGCCUAGAAUACUCGCUGCCGCCCCGUGGAAGGGUUCUUCGUUUUUCCUCUCGAAUAGAUUGUUUGAUAGAUCGACAUGUCUCGAUUUUGUGAUACUACGGCGUGCCAAUGGCAUAAGAUCAACGUCGGCUUCGGCGGCUACGAUAUCUUCUACGAAUACUGCGCAGACGGAGCCGGAACAGGAAUUAGCACCGCAUCGAAGACGACAGGCUCAGCGGAGGGAAAAGGCUGCUGCUGAUGCUGCGGCUGCCGCAGCUCGAGGCGAAAAACCACUUCCUCCCGAUGCUUCAUCCCUCCUCGCUUCACACGCCGCUUCGCAAACGAGUUCUUUCCGCCGCUACCUCUCCGCAUGUCUCUCGCUCUCGAAACCUCGAUUAACAAUGCUCGUCGUCCUUACCGGCAUGGCUACUUACGCUUUAUACCCCGUUCCCGAAAUGCUGUCGCCGAGUACGACCGAGACACCAAGUUUGAGUCCUUUAACAUUAUUAUUCCUCACAAUCGGCACGACACUAUGUUCCUCUAGCGCGAAUGCUCUAAAUAUGCUUUAUGAGGCUUCGACAGAUGCCAAGAUGACUCGAACUCGAAAUCGGCCGCUCGUACGAAAACUCAUCUCUCAAAGAGCUGCGGUUCUGUUCGCAGUCUUGGCUGGAGCUCUGGGUACAGGCGCCUUGUACUUUGGUGUCAACCCCACUGUUUCCGGACUUGGGUUCGCCAAUAUUGUUAUCUACGCUGGAAUGUAUACACCUCUCAAGGCUGUGACGGUCUUUAAUACUUGGAUCGGUGCGGUAGUAGGCGGCAUUCCUCCUCUGAUGGGCUGGGCUGCGGCUGCUGGCGAGACUGCUACAAAGGACGGUUCAUGGCGUGAGCUUUUGUUCUCCCCCGACGGUUCAUCCAUUGGCGGCUGGGUCAUGGCCGGUCUACUCUUCGCAUGGCAAUUCCCCCACUUUAUGGCGCUCAGCUGGCCCAUUCGCGAAGAGUACAAAAAGGCCGGUCUUCGAAUGCUAGCAUGGACAAAUCCCGCACGAAACGGCCGAGUCGCUCUGCGUUACAGCUUCAUCUUCAUUCCCCUCUGUGUAUCUCUCUGCGCCGCAGGAGUAACAGAGUGGUCCUUCGCAGUAACCAGCUUACCAAUAAAUGGCUGGCUCAUAAAAGAAGCUGUGCGUUUCUGGCGAUUUGAGGGUCACCAAGGUAGCGCGAGAAGUCUUUUCUGGGCGAGCGUAUGGCAUCUUCCUGGCAUUAUGAUCCUGGCAUUGUUACACAAGAAAGGAAUGUGGAGCAGAGUUUGGAGGAGUGUGUUUGGCGAAGAGGAGGGAGAGUGGGAGGAGGAAGAACUGGACGAGAUGAUAAGCAUGGCUGCGGAGAGUACCAAUGGCCAGUCGCAGCACGAUAAGCCUGUGCGGUGA